AUAAAAAGAUGAGACAAUGGGGUAUCUAGAUUUACAAUAUCCUUCUGAUUUAGUCAAAUCUCCAUAGCAAUUCUUACUAAUAAACUAUCCCAUAUUGUUCCAAGGUCCACAUGCUAGACUUGGCAUUUCUGCUUUACUUUAUUGCCUCUUAAUUACUCUCUUUUCAGCAAUCCAUGUGAUGUAAAUAAAGGCAUGAAGAAGCUCUUUCCACAAGGAAAAAAGAGAGCUUGACAGCGAAGAAGAAAGCAACAACUUCAUGGAUGUUGAGCUUCACAACUUCAUCAAGGUAUGGACCUUGGCCAUAACAUCUUUCUGCUAUUGCUUCUAUGUGUCAGCAAGACUGGUCCCCAAGGGCAUGCUCAGGCUUAUUUCCUUACUACCCAUCUUCUUCCUCUUCCUCAUCCUCCCUUUGAACCUCUCAUCCUUCCACCUCAGUGGCCCAACAGCUUUCUUCCUUGCUUGGCUUGCCAGUUUCAAGCUCCUACUCUUCUGUUUUGACCAAGGCCCUCUCUCACCACCCCCACCUAGUGUUUUCCAUUUCAUCUCCAUAGCUUCCCUCCCCAUUAAAACCAAACGAAACCCAAUUCAAAACAAAGCUUUACCACCCCAAAGCUCGUCAUCUGGUUACGCUAAGUCAAUCCUGUUAGCUGUAAAAGUUUUGCUAUUGGCUGUCUUAUUUCAUUCUUACAACUACAAGCAACACUUGCACAAGAAUUUAAUAUUAGCCAUGUACUGUGUGCACACCUACCUCGAGCUAGAGAUAGUCCUAGCCAUAAGUGCAAUCCCGGCUCGAGCCAUCUUUGGCUUUGAAAUAGAGCCACAAUUCAAUGAGCCCUACCUUGCCACCUCCCUACAAGACUUUUGGGGUCAUAGAUGGAACCUCAUGGUGACUAGUAUUCUACGCCCCACCGUGUAUCAUCCUAUACGUCGUAUCUCUACUCAUAUAGUCAGACCAAGGUGGAUCUCGUUGCCCGCUGUCAUCGCCGUAUUCGUCGUGUCUGGUUUGAUGCACGAGUUGAUUUAUUAUUAUAUAACUCGCGUGUAUCCCACAUGGGAGGUGACGUGGUUCUUUAUCUUGCAAGGAGUUGCUGUGGCAAUAGAGGUGGUGGCGAAGAAGGUGACGCCGGUCAAUUGGAAGUUACCUCCGGUGGUUUCCGGGCCGUUGGCUUUGGGAUUCGUGGCGGUGUCCGGAUUUUGGUUGUUUUUCCCACAACUAUUGAGGAAUAGAGUGGAUGAGAAGGCCAUAGGAGAGUACUUCAUGUUGGUAGAUUUUAUAAAGAAUCAUGUGCUUCCAUUUCCAUCAAAUUAAUACAUUUAAAGUUGGUGGAGUCCAUUAUGAUUA